AUGGAAUUGUUUAAUACAAGCGCGAGGAAUAUAUUACCUAUAAAAAGGUGCACUGCUUUCCCAGCGAAUACUCACUCUGUUGGGCUAUGGAAUAAAAGUGAUGCAUGGCAACUUAAUGUAUCAACUCCAUUUGGCAAUGUCACAUGGCCAGUUCAAAACUACACAAUCCCAGUUUUAGAGAUUGAGAUGAUUUCUAUCUUUUGUAUUACUCAAACUGGUAUAGUCCUAGGCCAAGGGGUGGCAGCACAGUUUAUAGAAAAGUAUUACAACUCAGUAUUUCGACUCAACAACCAAGACAUACUCGGUACAAUCUCACUCUUCGCAUACACCAUGUUUAUCUUCUUAAGCGGAGUCAAGAUGGACUUAAGCAUAGUCUUCCGUACGGGCUCCAAGGCCUUCCACACCGGUUCUCUCGCCAUGAUCGCGCCGCUGCUUCUAGGCGCCGGUGCACAGUACUUGCUCAGUAAACACUUCGAGCUCGACAAGCAAGAGAAUCUCCAGCUCAUGUUUGUCCUAACGACACAUUCCUUGACGUCGUUUCCAGUCAUAGCAUGUCUCCUUGAAGACCUGAAGAUCUUCAACUCGGAGCUCGGUCGUCUAGGGUUGUCGUCCUCGAUCAUAAGUGACAUACUUGGUGUGAUUCUCACGGCUCUGGCCACCCUGGCCAAGGUGUGGGACAAGUCCGUAGGAUUAGCUAUUUUGGACUUCGUUUUGGUAUCUUUGUUUACUGUUGUUGUCAUCUACGUGGGCAGACCAGCCAUGAUGUGGAUGGUCAGCCAAACCCCAGAGGGUAGGCCAGUGAAAAAAGUUUACCUUUCGAUCAUCAUUUUGGCACUUCUGUUCUCUGCCAUGCUAUCGAAUUGGUAUCACAUGACACUUGUUUUUGGGCCUAUGAUAUUGGGCCUCGCUGUCCCAGAUGGGCCCCCAUUAGGGUCAGCUUUGGUGAAGACGUUCGAUCCUUUGGUAUCUGGGGUGUUCAUGCCUAUCUUUGUAACUGUGACCAUGAUCAAAGCUGACCCACAUGACCUCAAUCUCAACACCAAAGUGUCUAGAGCCAAUGCGCUUCUUGUGCUUGUGAUUAUUGUGUCCAAGUUUGUCUUCUCGUUGAUACCUCCAAUGCUUAGUAGGAUGCCUUUUAAGGAUGGGUUGGCUAUUGCCUUUAUUAUGUCCUAUAAAGGGGUUGUGGAAAUGGCCUCCUAUGGUAUUGCCAGAGAUAGUAAGGUUAUAGAACUGGAGGUGUACUGUUUUGUGAUGGCAACAGUUUUGGUGACUGCAAUCGUGGUGCCAGUAUCCGUGCGUUACUUAUACAAUCCCAUGAGGAAAUACGCAGGCUAUCAGAAGCGAAACAUCAUGCAAUCCGCCACCAACGACGCCGAGCUCCGCAUCGUCGCGUGCAUCAACAGACCGGACAACACCCCAGCCAUCAUCAACCUCCUCGACGUCUCAUGCCCCACAAAGGACAACCCAAUCUCAGUCUACGUUCUCCAUCUCAUCGAGCUCGUCGGCCGAGCCACGCCCGUCUUCAUCUCCCACCAACUUCAGAAGAAAACACUCUCCAACUACUCCUACUCCGAGAACGUAAUCCUUUCCUUCACUCAUUUCCAACGAGAGAACCACGGCGCGGCCAAUGUCAACGUCUUCACAGCCAUUUCCCCCACCGAAUACAUGCACGAAGAUAUUUGUACUCUCGCAUUGGACAAGCUUGCUUCGUUGAUAGUUGUCCCGUUUCAUAGAAAGUGGUCUCUGGAUGGGACAACUAUUGAGUCGGAAAAUCUCACUGUUCGGGCUAUCAAUUGCAGUGUCAUGGAGAGGGCUCCUUGCUCCGUCGCCGUCCUCGUCGAUCGUGGACACUCGGAGACUGUCGAGUCCAUGGUGUCAAGACAAGUGACGUACCGCGUUGCCAUGGUGUUCUUGGGCGGUAGCGACGAUAGGGAGGCUGUUACGUUCGCCAAGCGCAUGGCCAUGGACUCGUGCAUAACCUUGACAAUCAUACAUUUUGUGAGCGUGAAUGAGGACCGGGAACUCGAGCAGUGGGAGAAGGUUCUUGAUAAUGAAGUGCUUAAAGAUAUAAUUCAGAGUUAUGAUCGAGAUAGUGAUGUUGAUCAUGGAAAUGUAGGUUAUGUUAAGGAAAUGGUUAAGGACGGAACUGAAACGGCAAUGACGUUGAGAUCCAUGGCCGAUGAUUUUGAGCUGUUUAUUGUUGGAAGACGAUACAAUCAGCACUCUAUACUAACUUCGGGUCUUGAAGAAUGGAGUGAGUUUCCUGAACUUGGUGUUGUGGGAGACUUGCUUUCCUCCACGGAUUUCAUGAGCAAUGCUUCUGUUCUGGUUGUACAACAGCAAAAACUUAGUAACUAG